AAAAAUCAUUGUUAUUGUUACAUAAUCACGAAACCUUACAAUUUGUUUACCUGUAUGUUUUUCUAAGUUCCCCUGAAAUUUCAUAAAAUUCCAUGAAUUACUUCCCCUUCCAACUGAUGUUUAACAUGGGUUUAAAACUUUUAUCUUUCUGGCUACCACAUGUGGGGUGACAAUUUUAACACAACUCAUCAACAUGACUUGAAAAUGAUGGGAAUUAGUGGGUUCGAGUUGAGUAUAAUUGUGUUCAUCUCAUAAUUGUAUUAACCCAUGAAAUCCAUUUAAUAAAUAGUUUGUGUUCAAGUUGGGUUUGUUCAUAAACAUGCAACCAAGUUUGUAGGGUUCAAUUUUUAUUUGUAUCUUUUGAUAAGCAAGCAAAUAAUAAGCAAGUCUGUAGGGUUCAUGUAAAUAUAUUGAAUUAUUAUGCGACAUGAAAACUUUUAAGUUUUAGCUAAUUUAUGUAUUGAUGCUUGGUUGAUCUGUUGUAGACAAAUAUGAUCAAUACCAUAUCUGGGGCAAAGACUAUUACCCUAAUGUAGAGGUUGAAAGCUAUAUCUUAAUUGUAGUCUUCACUUCAGUAUAUUUUUCAACUGAUUUCACUUUGUAGAACUCUCUCAGGCAGUUGUUGAUUCUCUUGUUUACCAACUUGCUAAUGACUUGGCUGUUUCGGUCCCUAUAGGGAGAUUGAUAAGGAGGAAUUCAAGAAAGUUAUGGCUUUGAUGCGAGCUCAUAACAGACAAGGAUCUCUCCACAGGGAUGGACUUCGAUUUGGAUUCAGAACUGUUGGUUCUGUGGAAAAUGGAGGCCUGCUGGAGCACUUCUUUGGUAAAGAUGGAAAGGCAAAACUCCAACAUGAGAAAUUUUUCCAGUUUAUGAGAGAUCUGCAUGAUGAACUGCUGAUAUUGGAGUUUGCCCAUUAUGAUUACAAAUUACGAGGAUCCAUUUCAGCUAAGGAUUUUGCCUUAUCCAUGGUAGCUUCUGCCGACUUGAGUCAUUUAAACAGGUUGCUUGAUCGGGUUGAUGGAUUAAACAAGCAGUCUUCUCUAAGUGACAUUCGUAUUACCUUUGAGGAAUUUAAGAGUUUUGCAGAGCUACGUAGAAGAUUGAGACCAUUUGCAUUGGCUCUUUCUAGUUAUGGGAAAGUAAAUGGACUAUUGACAAAGACGGAUUUCCAACGUGCAGCAUCCAAUGUAUGUGGCAUUUCUCUCAGCAAGUGUGUGGUUGAAAUCAUUUUCCAUGUGUUUGACAUGAACGAUGAUGGAAAUUUAAGCUCAGAGGAGCUUGUGAGAGUUUUACAGAAACGGGAAAGGGACAUUGCUCAACCGAUGGAGUCAGGAAUCAUGGGAUUUUUUUCCUGCUGUUGUAAUCAUUCAAAUUACGGCUCUAUUUCAGGACUUCUUUCUUGAUUAUUUCGUUGGUGCAUAGAUUUUGAUUUUUGCACAAUGAUGCUUCUGAUAACUCGGGGAAUGAGAUCCAGUUGUAAAACUGAGGCUUGCACCAUGACUGGCGAUCUACAGUUCAAGAAUUAGGAAAUGGAGUGAUUGGGGUGGGGCGAUUAACAAGCAGGCUAAUCUUAUGAAUUUGCUGCCAGCUUGUAUUAUGGUGCUGCUUAAAGUCAGUCUGUAUAUCUACAGUGCAGAUAAUUCCUUUAUUGGCUUUUUCCUGCUAACCCAUGUGUGGAUUUUCUGAAGCAACCUUUUUGCUGCUAAACUGAAAAGUUGUACAGUUAUUCAAUACAAAUAGAUUUGUACAUACUCUGUUUCUUUGAAUAAUCUUCUCAAUUUAUUAAACAGUUGACUUGCUUGUGGUC